AUGGCCUCCGCCACCCUCAGUACACUCGCGUCGCUGCUUCAAUCAGCCGUCUCCUCCCGUUCCUCCGUCGUGGGUCGGGCAACACACGCCAUGAUCAUCAAAACCAUCGACUACCCCUUUCCUACUUUCAUCUGCAACCACCUCGUAAACAUGUAUUCCAAGCUCGACCUCCUCGAUUCAGCCCAACUUCUGCUCUCCCUCAUACCUGCACAAGAUCGCUCCGUCGUCACCUGGACCGCCCUCAUUUCCGGUUCUGUACAAAAUGGCCAUUUCUCGGCUGCCAUCCUCCACUUCCGUAAUAUGCACCACGACUCCAUCGCACCCAACGACUUCACCUACCCAUGCGCCUUCAAAGCUUGCAACUCUCUGAGGUCUCCAGUAACCGGUAGGCAGCUCCAUGGACUCGCUAUUAAAGCAGGUCAAAUACAUGACGUCUUUGUUGGGUGCAGCGCCUUCGAUAUGUACUCCAAAAUCGGUCUCAAGGAUGAUGCCAAUAAAAUGUUCGACGAAAUGCCUGUGAAGAAUCUUGCAACAUGGAAUGCGUAUAUAUCCAACGCUGUACUUGAUGGAAACCCUCGUAAAGCAAUCGACGCUUUCAUCAAAUCAAGAAGGCUAUCUGGAGAGCCUACUUCAAUAACCUUUUGCGUUGUCUUAAAUGCUUGUUCUGAUGCCCUGUUUCUGCAAAUCGGUAAACAAGUUCAUGGGUUUGUAAUACGAUAUGGGUAUGAACAUCACGUCUCUGUUGCAAACAGCUUGAUCGAUUUCUAUGGAGAAAAAGCUUGCAUCCUCUUUCUACAAGCAAUGAGAAAAAACAUCGAGCCAAGAGACUUCAUCAUUUCAAGCGUUAUCAGUGCAUGUGCUGGGAUUUCAUCUCUGGAAACAGGAAGAUUAAUUCACUCACUUGCAAUCAAAUCAUGUAUUGAUGGAAACAUUUUUGUUGGAAGUGCAUUAGUCGACAUGUAUGCUAAAUGUGGAAACAUAGAAGACUGUGAAAAGGUGUUCGAUGAAAUGCCUGAAAGAAACUUAAUCACAUGGAACGCGUUACUCAGUGGGUAUGCCCAUUUAGGACAAUCAAACAUGGCCAUUUCCUUGUUUGAACAAAUGAAAUUUGAAGUGAAACCAAAUUAUGUUACUUUUGUGUCUGUUUUAGCAGCAUGUAGUAGGGCUGGAGAAGUGAAACUAGGGAUGAAUGUUUUUGAUUCAAUGAAAUUAAGAUAUGGAAUUGAACCAGGUGUUGAGCAUUAUGCAUGUGUAGUUGAUAUGUUGGGAAGAGGUGGAAUGGUGGAGAGUGCUUAUGAGUUUAUAAAAAGAAUGCCUUGUAGGCCUACAGUGUCUGUUUGGGGUGCUCUUUUAGGGUCUUGUAAAGUCCAUGGAUAUAAUGAGAUAGGAAAGAUUGCUGCUGAUAAUUUGUUUCAAUUGGAUCCUCAGGAUUCUGGAAACCAUGUUAUUCUUUCAAACAUGUUUGCAGCUUCUGGAAGGUGGGAGGAUGCGAAUCUCGUAAGAAUGGAGAUGAAAGACGUCGGAAUAAAAAAAUCCACAGGCUACAGUUGGAUUUCCGUGAAGAAUUCCAUCCACACAUUCCAAUCAAAAGACACAUCUCACGAACAAAACCCUGAAAUCCAAUCAAUGCUCACAAAACUCAAGAACCAAAUGAAAGCAGCGGGAUACCUACCCGACACAAAAUUAUCUCUUUUCGAUUUAGAAGAAGAAGAGAGUGAAUCGGAAGUUUGGCACCAUAGUGAGAAGAUAGCGAUUGCUUUUGGCUUGUGUGUUAUACCUCCUGGAGUUCCAAUUAGGGUUACGAAGAAUUUGAGGAUUUGUUUGGAUUGUCAUAGUGCGAUUAAGUUUAUUUCGGGGAUUGUUGGGAGAGAGAUUAUUGUGAGAGAUAAUAAUCGGUUUCAUCGGUUUAAGAAUUAUGAAUGUUCGUGUAGAGAUUAUUGGUAG